CCUGCCUCCCGCAGGCUCGGGCCGCCCCUCGGCUCUAUAAGCGGAAUGCAGAGGCCGGGAAGGCUGCACGUUAAGCGGCUGCUGGACCUGAUGGGCCGGAGGCCUGAGCUGCUGUGCGGGGCUAUAGCGCUGAGCUGCGCUCUCAUCGUGGCGCUCAGGUUCACCUGCAGUCGAGCAAAGGAUGUCAUCAUGCCAGCAAGACCACCUGGUCUGCACUUUUUCUCCACUAAGUCAUCAGUGGUGGAUCUCUUCCUUGGUCAGCUUGACUAUGCUGAGUAUCUUCGCCGGGAAUCGGAGAUAACCUUGUAUUUCCUGUAUGCUCCAUGGUGCGCACAGUCUAUUACUGCAAGGGCAGAAAUUGAGCAAGUGGCUAGUAGGCUUGCAGACCAGGUCCUGUUUGUGGCUGUCAAUGCUGGUGGCACCAGGGCAAGUGUAGGAAACAAAAAAGCUUCUUCUAUUUCCCUGUAAUCCACCUGUUCCAUAAAAGUUUUGGACCCAUUGAAUAUAAAGGACCAUUGACCGCAUCAUAUAUUGAGAAGUUUAUUCGGCGA